AUGGAGGACUUACAAAGUGGAAGAGGACCCAAAGAAUGGUUAAAGAGAGCGAAAAAGCUCAAUGCAAUGAGUACGCAAGCAGCCAACGCCCCAUACCCCAACUUCUUUCGGUCAUGCUUGCUAAAGCUUCUGGCAAGUAAAGUAUCAUAUAUCAUUCUCACUAAUGAAAUAUUAGGAGCAUUUCAUGAAGCAAGCAAUAAGAAUUUUGCCAAUCCGCAAAACGCAAUGAAGGACCCUCUACUCGAUCGAUCUAAACUAGCCUUCUCUCCAGCUCAGUUCAAUUCUUUCUACACCUUCGAUCGAUCCAGCGGUUAUGCUCGUCAACCUCUAGCUAGUCAACCCUACGCCUUCCUCCUCUAA